AUGGAGCUAGUUCACUAUUUGGGCCUUUUGGCUGUGCUCACGCCCGUCUGGGCCUUUACGUAUUGGGUUUUGCCCUAUUUCACGACAUAUCGGCAUCUGAAGCACAUCCCAGGACCAUUUGUAGCAAAAUUCAGCAACAUAUGGAUUGCACUAGGCGCGCGACAGGGACAAAAGUUCCGCUGGGUUGAUGAUGCCCACCGCAAGUACGGCAAGGUUGUACGCGUCGGGUUCAACCACGUCUCUAUCGCCACGCCUGAGGGUUUACAUACCGUCUAUGCACACGGAAACGGAUUUCUGAAAGAUGAAUUCUACAAUGCCUUUGUAUCGGGUGUAUGCGGUGUCUUUAAUGUUCGGGAUCGAGUUGAGCACACCCGCAAGCGAAAGAUCAUCUCUCACGCCUUCUCCCCAAGCGCCGUGAGCAACUUUGAGCACCACAUGUCAGCAAACCUGGAGCGUUGGGUUGGUCAAUUGGAUCGAAUCACCACGCAUCCCGACGAGAGCGGGUAUGCGCGCGUCAACAUGAUGCCUUGGUCAACCUUCUUGGCAUUCGACAUUAUUGGAGACCUGGCUUUUGGUGCUCCUUUCGGCAUGGUCCAGCGUGGACGUGACGAGUGCGAGAGUACCCGCCCUGGUCAGGCUGUUACCUAUGUUCCUGGCGCUGAGACUCUCAACCGGAGAGGCGAAGUGAGCUCGACUCUAGGACUUUUGCCUGCGAUCCGGCCUUGGGCCAAGUACCUUCCAGACCCAUUCUUUCGCAAGGGUCUGCAGUCUGUGGCAGAUCUCCACGGAAUCGCAGUAGCAGCUGUCACCAAGCGUCUGGAUGGCGUCAAGGGCUCUGACGGAAAGUCUGGUCGCCACGAUAUCUUGGAGAUGUUGGUUCGUAGUACCGAUGCGGAUGGAAAGCCCAUGCCUCAGGACGAGGUCGUUUCGGAAGCUCUGACCCAGCUCAUUGCUGGAAGUGACACUGUCUCAAAUACCACAUGUGCCGUCAUCUACUGGAUUCUCCAUGGUGAAAGGGCUGCGCCAGGAACCAUACUUCCUCGCCUUCAAGCCGAACUCGAUGCCGCCAUUCCUGAAGGCUCAACCAUUGCCGCUCACGCUCAAGUGAAGAGUUUGCCAUUCCUGAGACAGUGCAUUGAUGAGGGAAUGAGGUUGCACUCUACUUCGGCCAUCGGCCUCCCACGUCUCGUCACCGCCAAGCAGGGCGUUCACUAUGGCAAGGAGCAUUUCCCAGAGGGCACUGUUCUAUCUGUUCCGAGCUUCACCAUCCAUCAUGAUGCGGACGUAUGGGGAGCUGAUGUUGAGGAGUUCAAGCCCGACCGGUGGCUGAGGUUGAGUCCGAGACAAAAGAUUGGCUUCAACCCCUUUUCCUAUGGCCCGCGGGCGUGCGUAGGCCAGAAUGUAGCUCACAUGGAGCUGGCGCUGAUUAUCGGAACCGCCUUCCAUAGAUACAACUUUGAGCUCUACCAGAAGAAGUUGGAGUCGCAUGAGGGAUUUUCUAAGAAGCCUAUGGAAUGUUGGGUCGGCAUCAAGAAGAGGUAA